AUGGCCCGCAGUUCGCGGCUGAGGCACAUUUUCUGCUGCCUUGCGCUUUCUCUCCUUGCCUUGCUUCCCCGCGCCUUUGUGGCCGGGCCUGUGCAGGGGAUAGAGCGUCGGUUGGCACCCACAUCGGUCACAAAAAGAUCACGGACACCCCGGAAAGCUGUGGAUCCCGCUGUUGCGCUCGAUAGCCCGGUGCUUGCAGCUGGCGUGACGGCAGCGGGAGUUGCGGCUUUCGCAGCUUUCCAAGCCUUUCAGGGCCAGCGCAGGGCCACCCUGAAACAAGAGCUUCUCGCAGCCGUGGAGGCAUCGCAGCGCGGGGUGGAUGAGGCUCAGAACGAUCGAAUUGGUGGUCUCUUCGCAGAGUUGGAGGCACUUAACCCAACGGCGGAGCCUUUGACGAGUAGUCAGCUGAAGGGCGACUGGGAGCUCCUCUGGACGACCAGCAGCGCCAUUCUAGGUCUUGGCCGGCCGCCUUUUUUCCGGCCGGUGGAGGAUCGGCCGAUCCUGCAGUACCUGGACCCUGCAGGCGGCGUGGCGAGGAACUUGGAGUUCACGCCUCUGGGUCCGAACCGAGUGGAUGCGGAGAUCAUGCCACUGGGCCCCAAGCAGCGGGAGGCCUUCGUCUCGCGAUUGGAUGAUUUCCUCCUGUUCAAGCAGGGUGCGACGGAGAGCCCGGGAGGGACUUACCUGCCACAGGUGGAGGGCCUGGAGAAGACCACGGUGGGCGUCCGCUUCAAGGUCUUCACACUCUUCGGCCUCCUUCCCAUCCAAGCCCCUGACUCCGCCACGGGCAUCCUCCAGGUGACCUACCUGGAUGAGAGCCUGCGGUUGAGCCGUGGCGACCGUGGGAAUCUCUUCGUCUUGCGCAAAGUGAGCUCCGAGAAGAGCGCCUGA